AGCUUGGCGAGCAGCCAGCUCAGAAGCGCUUCAGCCUUCAGAAGCCGCCAUGGCCUGUCACACAUGCUCCUGCCGGCAUCUGAGCACAGUCGGACGCUUAUGGCCGCCAGCGGGCGCCCCACAAAACGCCCAGAGAAGCAGAAAGCCAAUCAAUGCAGAGGGCGCCACUCAGCUGCUCCUGCCAUGUUGUCCACGUGCUUCGACAGCUGGCAUGAGGAAGCGACGAAGUGCGCCCCAGCUGCCUGUGCCGAGCUUGUCAUCACUGAAAACCAAUGUGGGCAGUCUGGCUUGUUACAACGUAGGGGCUAAAGGCUUGAGCAGACCGCAGCUCUGGCUGGAGCUGGACAGUAGACGAAUCUCUCACAUUCGAGCCUUGGCUGACGAGAAUGUUCCAGAAGCUGACGGGGAGAAAAUGUGGUCCAUUGAGGAGAUACUGGCAGAGGCAGAGGCGGAAGGGGCCAACUUUGUCUUUUCUGAAGCAGACGACUCUGAAGAUGAAGAAGAGUUCAUGAAAACCCCUGCUAUAAGAGCGUCUUCCGAUGGGCCGGGCGUAGACCUGCCCACCUCCGAUGACAUGACGCGAAUCCUGUCAGCUUAUGGAGGGGCAGAGACAGAGAGUAUCCAUGACAUCACGGUCGAGGAACUGCAGCUUGAGCUACAAAGUGCGUCCCCUCGGAUGCUCCUGGAUGUCCGAUCUGAGCAGGAGUACAGCUCGGGGCAUGUCCCUGGCGCCGUCCACCUUCCUCUGGAAUCCCUAGUUGGCCGCGUGUCGGCUGGGGAGGUUGACAUUGAGGGAAAGCCUUUGGCCGUUAUAUGUGCGUCUGGCAGCCGCAGUGCACGUGCUGCUUUGGAGCUCAAGACUUUCUGCCAAGCCAAGGACGUUGUGAACGUGAGAGGGGGGACGUUAGCCUGGAUAGAUGCGGGAUAUCCGAUUGACAAGCGAUGACAACAGGAGUACUGAGACUGAGCACAUUCUCACAAAAGUCCAAAGCAAGAGAUUGACACGCUCUCUACUCUCAGGUGCACGGGCCUCAACGUCCAUUUCUUACACAGUGUCCCGGC